AUGCAAGCACCCGUCUUGACUGUCUCGAUCACCACCCCGCAAUCCUGGGCGCAGCAAAAUGCCAUCAAACGGAGGCGGAUCCCUCGAUCACCACGGCGCAGCAUCAUCUCUCUCAAGCAUUUGGAUCCCAAGGUGAAAAAGGCCAAAGAAGAAUUUCUGUCCAAGGCCAUCGCGAGUCAGUUGCAGAUCAAGCGGUCUCCCACGAAUGGACUCCAGCUAGAUCCUUUUCAAACUUUCCCGAUCCCAAGUACAGGCUGCGUGGCCAACAUGGCCCAAUAUUUUGUCCAGGUUUGGGCGCCUCAGCAUGGCACCGCCUUUGCCUUCGAUGGUCAUUCUAACCCCUAUGUGAGCCUGCUUUGGCCAUUCGCUUUGACAUGCGAUAUCUACUUUGAAGGCCUUGUAGCCAUAUGUCGAGCCACAUACCUCGCUACUUCGGGCCAGUCUGCUCGCGCUGAUCGACAUUUUGUAUACCACCGGGGUAAUGUCAUGACCAAACUGCGCGCUCGACUCCAGAAUCCUCAGCAAUGCUCGGACGAUACUACCAUCCUCGUCGUGGCGACGUUGGGAACCAUCGACUAUAUUCUGGGUGAUCAUACUGGUGCCUAUGCUCACGUCUCGGGCAUGAGGCAGAUAAUCAAGCUCAGGGGUGGGAUCAACGGGCCGUCGCCUUGGGAACGGCUGCUCCGCGUCAACGUCGAUGCCUACGAGGCACUGUGGUCGUUUCUGUUUGCGGCAGAUUCGACCCCCGACAAGUCGACGCGGUUCUCGGGAGAGAUUUUGCAAAAUGCAGAGUUCCCCAUCUACAUGGCCCAUCCUUUCAAACCCGAAGUCUGCGAGAUGUUGGCCAAGUUGCCUCAAGGCUUCUGUGACAUUGGUUUGACAGGUGUGCUUUCGCUGCAAAUGAUUCGACUCCUGUCCCACUUCGCGACUGUGAAGGCGAAGUUGUCGGAUACCCUUCUACUUGAAGAAUUCGGGGUGACCUCGAAGAGGAAGAUUCAGACGACCCUGGAAGAUCUCCAUCGACUUGCCACUUUGCAAACUACUCCUACAGAGAGAUUUCUAUCUCACGGCCUGGUGGCAUAUUGCUAUCUACUGCGAGUCAUCCAUUUUCAAGAUCAUCUGACGGGUUUUUAUGAGACGGCCCUGAAAGCGCUGGUAGAAAUUGCUCUACACCAAACUCCCAGUCACAAAUCUCCGGAACGCAAGUGUUUUCUCUGGACCAACAUGAUGAUCGGGACAGUCAUACAACACGGACAGAUCCGUCCCCGUGGCUGGACGACGGUCAUGGGACACUUCUUGGACAAGUAUGGCGAAGCUCGCCAGUGGAAGAAACUGGAAAAGGAGCUGAAAAUGUUCUUUUUCGAGGAUCCUAUUCGCCUCCUCGCCCAGGAGGCCUAUGACGAGGCGGUCAGGAGGAAGGAGAGGGGGGAGUCCGAAGAGAGGGAUUCACGUGUGGCCACAAUGGCCAUUCGGAAUGUCAUUCUGUAG